ACAGGUCUCUCUUUGACAAAAUAAUAAUAUUAUAAUGAAUAAUAAUAUUUUUCUUUGAGUGUAUACACCGCGACAUACGUAAUGACUAAAUAUAUUUAAUUUUUUUUUUUUUUCGUAAAAUGUCAUUUGCAUUAAACGUCUUUGACUGUUUUAGUUUGUAAAAAUAAUAUUAACAUUAUAAUAAUAUUGUUAAAAAAUAAUUAUUAACAGUAUAAAAUUUAUAAAAAAAGAGCUAUUUAAUUUUAUAUUAUAAAAUAAAAAACAGCUGUUUCAAUAAUAAGGUUAUGUUAUUGUUAAAAUGUCGAAAGAAAAUGGUAAUAUAAUGACAAAAAAUAUUAAUUAUUUAAAUGAUAAUGAUAUUAUGGAAAAAAAACAUAUAAGAUUUCGUAGUCCUGAUAAUAAUAUCAGCACUAAAACAACAAUUAAUAAUGAAUCUAGAAUUGAAGAUUUGAAUAUUGAUGGUCAAUCAAUUCAUUCUGAAAAAUUAAAUAAUAAUAAAAAGGAUUUUUCAAUUUAUGAAUUUGUUAAAACUGAAUUAACAAGAGGCUAUCAAUUGGAGCAUGAUGAAGAAAGAUUUUCAGCAAGACGUGAAAAAAUAUAUUCAUUUUUAAAAAUACCAAUACAAGUUGAAAAAUUUAUGUCAUAUGGAUUUUUUCAAUGUGCUGAUUCAUUUUUAUUUGUAUAUACAUUUUUACCAUUAAGAUUUAUAAUGGCACUUUGGGCAAUAAUAACAAGACCAUUAAAAUAUUAUUUUGGUAGAACAAAUGAUGAAAAUAAAAAAUGUGAAAGAUUUUUAAGACCAGCUGAAAUGUGUGAUUUAUUAAAAGGUUUUAUUGUUCUUGGUUGUUGGAUUGCAAUAUUUAAAGUUGAUACAUCAAUGAUGUAUCAUCUUGUUAAAAGUCAAUCAGUCAUAAAACUUUAUAUAUUUUAUAAUAUGUUGGAAGUUGGUGAUCGUUUAUGUAGUGCAUUUGGACAAGAUACAAUUGAUGCAUUAUUAUGGACAGCAACUGAGCCAAGAUCAAAUUCAAGACACAGACAACAUCUUGGAACAUUACCACAUUUAUUAUUUGCAUUGACAUAUGUCUUUUCACACAGUGUAUUGGUACUUUGUCAAGCAACAACAUUAAAUGUUGCCAUCAACAGUAGUAACAAAGCUCUAUUAACAAUUAUGAUGUCUAAUAAUUUUGUCGAAUUGAAAGGUUCUGUUUUUAAAAAAUUUGAUAAAAAUAAUUUAUUUCAAUUAUCAUGUGCUGAUGUGAGAGAACGUUUUCAUUUGAUGAUGUUACUUUUAGCAGUUAGUUUACAAACAAUGAAAGAAUACGGCUGGAAAGCUGAUAGAUUUGCUAUUUUAUUACCUGACUGUGUGCUAUUACUAAUUGCUGAAGUUCUUGUUGAUUGGAUUAAACAUGCUUUUAUAACUCGUUUUAAUGAAUUACGUUCAACAGUUUAUCGAGAUUAUACAGUGAGUUUAGCAUAUGACAUGGCACAAACACGUCAAUCAACAGCAUUUUCAGAUCCAUCUGAUCUUGUUGCACGUAGAAUGGGUUUUAUUCCAUUACCAUUGAGUGUUGCUAUGGGACGAGUGCUAUGUACAACAUUAAAUCCAUCAGCAAAAUUAUCAAAUUUUAUAUUAUUUUUAUUUGGUUAUUUAAUUCUUGUUGCUCUUAGGGUAUUAAAUAGUUUAAUUAUUCUUGGAAGAGCAUGUGAUUUAAUAAGUUCUGAUUCAAAAAAAAAUAAUAAUAUUAAAAAAAAUUGUACAAUAAAUAUUACUCGUGCAAAUAGUGUUAUUGAAACGAGUGAACAAAAUUGUGGUAUGACAAUAUUUUCAAAUAGUGCAGUGAGUCUUAAUAAUGUUUGUUUAAAUGAUACAUUUGUGAACAAUGAAAAAAAUCAACAAACAAAUGAUUUUCAAAUUAAACAUGUAGCCAGAGCUGAGAGUGAACCACUUCUACCUCAAUGACAUGUUGUUACAAUCAUAUGUGAAUAUUAAUUUUUAAUUGUUAUCAAUAAUACAUUAUUAAUAUAUUCUUUUUUUGUUAUUGUUUUUUUUUUUUUCUAAUUAUUAUCUUUAUUGAGAAAAUGUACAUAAUGCGC